CCGGUCAGUUGUCCGAGAAAUAGCGUGCUGAGCGGUCGCAAAUCGCGCACGAGUAUUAACACAAAAACUGAAGAACUGAAAAAAAUAAACCAUAAGCACUAGAGUGAUUUCCCCGAAAAGAUCAAGAUAAAAAGAUACUAUAUAAACAGAUACAAACAAACAAAGGCGCUCUUCAAGUAUCUUAGCAUUGGAAUUCUUCGUUUAUAAUUGCCCAAAGACGGUUAAUUGCAUUAAAUUAAUUGUAAAAUGAAUGACCAAGAGCAUAUUACAUUGGACAUGGAUAAGUUGCCGUUGGAAAAUGAUAAAACAUUGACCAGAAACCUAGAAAAUAUCAACAAUCACAGCAACGGCGAUGCAAUGGACGUGCGAUCACGUAACAAUCUUCGAGUCCCCAGAGCAGUUCCUGAAAUCGAUGAUGACGACAACGAUGAUCGUCCCUUUGCUAAAGAUGGCAGUGACAAUCCCGGCGUGGAUGACGGUCUUCUGAGUGGUGGAGGAGGAGUUACCAGAGGAGGAGGCAGUGGUGGUGUCAAUGUUCUCGUACCGAAUGGAGGAAGACGACCCAGUUUCUCCUUUCCGGGAUAUAAUGGACCCGGUUUCGUGACGAUCAAUGGAGUUGAGACGCCCAUACCCGAUGUGAAUGCCUAUCAGCACAAGAAGACCCUGGCCCAGGGAAUGAUGGACCUGGCAUUACUCUCUGCGAAUGCAAAUCAGUUGAGAUAUGUCUUGGAGACCAGUUCCCAGCAUCCCUACUUCUAUCCCAGUCUGCUGUUCAUCUCACUCAGCAUUAUAUUCCAGAUUGCCGUGGGCGUGGGUCUCAUACUAAAUGGCCAGUACAACAUCAAAAACGAACAUGAUAUCUGCCGGGCGAACAGGGUCAACAAUUACACAGUCAUCGGUAUUUUUAUUGUGACGGUUGUCAAUGUUCUCAUAUCUGCCUUUACCGUUGCGGAUCCAGAUACUAUAGCCGCUGUCGCUAUACCCGCCAAUACCACGUAGAUCUGCUUAUAAAUAUUUAAUAUAGAAUGUAGUAUUAUGAGCAUAAUAGCAUCGUUAGGUAAUACUCACAGCCACACUGUUCAGUUCUUGUUGAAAUUCACGAAGAGCCUCAUUUUUUAUAUAUAAAAAAAAUUAAAUGUGAUAAAUAAAUGAAAUCCCAUGAGCAUUUUGCAACUCGAAA